GGUUCGAUGACCGGUUCAGUUUUCAGAACCUUGGGUGACACAGAGAGAAAGAAAUUAAAAUGACAUACCUUGUUAUUUUUUACUUAUUAAAUUUUAGCUAUCACUGUUGUUCAUUGUUGUAGCAGAGUAGCACCAGUUAUUAAUCCUUCCAGAUCUUUCUCAAGGUUUCUCUUCCAAUAAAACAGAAGGCAAAACGAAGGCAGGUGAACCGUCAGAUUGAAAUACCAAGUGGCCAUCGAACGGAGCCCUAUCACCCACCAAUGUCUUCCAAAGUAAUUACCCCACUCGCCACCUGACAGCUAACACUUCCCCUUCCACAGUUCCACUUCUCACUUCCCUCCCCUUAUCUUCCUCUCUUCAAUCUUCAUUUUCCUCUCCAAAAUGGCCACUGUCUUUAGAACCCCCAUUCUCCGGCCAGGUAUCCUGCCGCCGCGCUCCUCCUCUUCUUCCGCCGCCGCCGCCACCAAGCCCUCAUGCGUUGCCUUUCCCUCUUUCAGACAAACUGCUACCCACAGAAGGACCACUUUGCGGUUCCCUUCAAUUCCUUCCCUGCGCUUCACGAAGUUCGCCCCUUUCGCUUUCGAAGGAGACACCGAGGCCUCGCCUCAAGUUCAAGAACCUGAGCUUCAGCUUGAGGAUGGUGCUGUUGAUGUAGAGGACAGUGCUGGCCAUAAUGAGCUUAGUGAGGCUGAUGAAAGUGAGGAAUCUUCACCCUUGCAAGAGUUACUGCAAUCUUACAAAGAAGUGGUAGCUAAUAAUAAUGAAGCCAUAGUUGCCGAGCUGGAAUCAUAUUUGAAGUCCAUUGAAGAUGAGAAAAUAGGUCUUGAAAGGAAGAUAGCUUCGUUAUCUGCAGAGUUAUCAAUAGAGAAGGAUAGGAUUCUAAGGAUUAGUGCAGACUUUGACAAUUUCCGGAAGAGAACCGAGAGAGAUCGCCUUUCUCUGGUCACUAAUGCACAGGGGGAAGUUAUGGAGAGCUUGUUGCCUGUAUUGGAUAAUUUUGAGAGAGCAAAAACUCAGAUCAAGGUGGAGACAGAAGGAGAGGAGAAAAUAAACAACAGCUAUCAGAGCAUAUAUAAACAGUUCAUGGAAAUUCUUACUGCACUUGGAGUUGAACCAGUUAAGACAGUUGGAAAACCCUUUGAUCCAUUGCUACAUGAAGCAAUUAUGCGCGAGGAUUCAACUGAGUUUGAGGAUGGCAUCAUAAUCCAAGAAUUCAGGAAAGGUUUUAAACUUGGUGACCGACUUUUGCGACCAUCAAUGGUGAAUGGUGAAGCUGGUCCGGGACCUGCAAAGCCUGAGCAAGCACAGCAAGAGGAGCAAGUCGCAAGUGAAAAUUCUGAGGCUCUUAAAGAAAACAAUGGUAGCACAGAAACAGAGUCUUCUUGAAAGGUCAAAAGUCACCUUUUUGCCUGGAUUCAGUUUUGUACAAGUAUGUCGGUUAAAUCUAGAGGAACAUAAUGUUGGAUGUUACUCAAAGAAAUGUUUCAGCCAAUUUUUCUUUAUUCAUUCAGAUUCACCUAAUCACCUCACAGCUCACUCCAAGGACUCCAUCGUCGCCGAACCCUAGCCCUAAGAACCCUGAACCGUAGCCCUCCACUGUCGACGCCGUUCAGAGGUCGUCAGCGCCGCCGCCGUCCCCAAGUCCUCAGGAACCAGUAAGUCAGCAGGUCUCUUCGUCUUCGCUGGCUUCUCGAACCCAGCUGAAGAAAUUGGAGGAGCUGGAUGAAGAGACAUUGAUGCCUCAGAAGACACCACCACCAUUAGCAUAUCCUUGUUACUUGAAGGUUUCUUUAGCACAAUAGUUGAAAUCACAAUCAUAAUUACAUAAUAUGUUUAAAUAAUUAUCCCAAAAAAAAAAACUCACAAGAACAUCUUGAGGUUUUGA